AGAUCAGCUGCGCGCCGCCACCAUGCUGCUGGACACCGUCGAGCAGGGUGCCUUCGUGCUCGCAGACAACCUGCUGAAGACCGACGUCGUGCAGGAAAACACUGAAAACAUCCAACUGGAGGUGGCGAGGAUGAGCACAGACGGAAGUCUUCCCGAUCUGAAGUUUCCACAGACGGGAGGCCAGGGAAACACCAUCCACCUGUCAGCCAACACCCUCAAACAACACGGCAGAAACGGGGAGAUCCGGAUGGCGUUCGUCCUGUACAAGCAUCUGGGUUCGUAUCUGUCCACUGAAAACGCCAGCAUGAAGUUCAGCAGCGAGACGUUAAACACAAACCACUCUGUCAUCGUCAACUCUCCCGUUAUAACGGCGGCCAUCAACAAAGACAGUAACAAAGUCUACCUGUCCGACCCCGUCAUAUUCACCAUGCGGCAUAUUCAGCAGUCAGAGGAGAAUUUCAACCCCAACUGUUCGUUCUGGAGUUACUCGAAGCGCAGUAUGACGGGCUUCUGGUCGACGCAGGACUGCCGGCUGCUGGGAACCAACCGAACGCACACCACCUGCUCCUGCACACACCUCACCAACUUCGCUGUGCUCAUGGCUCACGUGGACGUGAAGGUAGAGACGCCGCAAACACAUCUUAAAAUAUAUUCGGUUCAUGAUCUACUGCUGGACAUCAUCACGUGGGUGGGAAUCCUGCUGUCUCUGGUCUGUCUGCUCGUCUGCAUCUUCACCUUCUGCUUCUUCCGCGGCCUGCCGACCGACAGGAACACCAUCCACAAGAACCUGUGCAUCUCGCUCUUCAUCGCUGAAACACUCUUCCUCACUGGCAUCAACCGCGCUGACCAGCCGAUCGCCUGUGCCGUCUUCGCGGCUCUGCUGCAUUUCUUCUUCCUGUCUGCGUUCACGUGGAUGUUUCUGGAAGGCGUUCAGCUCUACAUCAUGCUGGUGGAGGUGUUUGAGAGCGAGCAUUCACGCAGGAGGUAUUUCUACCUGGCCGGAUACGGCAUUCCUGCGCUCAUCGUGGCCGUUUCUGCCGCAGUGGAUUACCACAGUUACGGGACGGACAGAGUUUGCUGGUUGCGGUUGGAUACUUAUUUCAUCUGGAGUUUUAUAGGCCCCGCCACCCUCAUAAUCAUGCUGAAUGUGAUCUUCCUGGGAAUCGCUCUCUACAAGAUGUUCCACCACACCGCCAUCCUGAAGCCAGACACUGGUUGCCUUGAUAACAUCAAGUAAGCCUGACAGUGAGGGGUGGGGCCUGUGGGAUGGGCUGUUUGGA